UUACCCAGAAGGCCCUGCUGAAGUCGGAAUUCCUUGGUAAAUGAUCUCGCAGGCUUUAGCGGAAUCUGUUGGCGUGGCCCACAAGGCUCAGCGGGGCUGCACGAGGCUCGUUGCUAAGUAAGUGUGAACUUCGGUCAACGGCCACCUGGGCGAUAGCGACAGGAAAUAGUACCUGGUAUGGAGACAUCCAGGGAAAUCGCAACCGUGCAGGAAUCAGAGAUUCCCUGUUGCCCCUUGGCUCCCAGCAUGCCUCACAUUGACAACGACAUCAAACUGGACUUUAAAGAUGUCCUAUUGAGGCCCAAGCGCAGCACCCUGAAGUCACGAAGUGAGGUGGAUCUCACAAGAUCCUUUUCAUUUCGCAACUCAAAACAGAUGUAUACUGGGAUCCCAGUUAUUGCUGCCAAUAUGGACACUGUAGGAACCUUUGAGAUGGCCAAGGCUCUCUGUAAGUUCUCCCUCUUCACUGCUGUCCAUAAACACUACAACCUUGACCAGUGGAAAGAGUUUGCUGGCCAGAAUCCUGACUGUUUGGAGCAUCUGGCUGCCAGCUCAGGUACAGGCUCUUCUGACUUUGAACAGCUGGAACAGAUACUGGAAGCUAUCCCGCAGGUGAAAUACAUCUGCCUGGAUGUAGCCAAUGGUUACUCUGAACACUUUGUUGAGUUUGUAAAGGAUGUGCGGAAGCGCUUCCCGGAACACACCAUCAUGGCAGGAAACGUGGUAACAGGAGAGAUGGUGGAAGAACUCAUUCUCUCAGGGGCUGACAUCAUCAAAGUAGGAAUUGGACCAGGUUCCGUGUGUACCACCCGGAAGAAAACUGGGGUGGGCUAUCCACAGCUCAGUGCAGUGAUGGAGUGUGCAGAUGCCGCUCACGGCCUCAAAGGCCACAUCAUUUCAGAUGGAGGCUGCUGCUGUCCCGGGGAUGUGGCUAAGGCUUUUGGGGCUGGUGCUGACUUCGUUAUGCUGGGUGGCAUGCUAGCCGGACACAGUGAGUCAGGUGGCGAGCUCAUUGAGAGGGACGGGAAGAAGUUCAAGCUCUUCUAUGGCAUGAGUUCUGAGCUGGCCAUGAAGAAAUACGCUGGGGGUGUGGCCGAGUACAGGGCCUCUGAGGGAAAGACGGUGGAGGUGCCCUUUAAGGGGCCUGUGGAACACACCAUCCGGGACAUCCUUGGGGGCAUCCGCUCCACCUGCACCUACGUGGGAGCAGCGAAGCUCAGGGAGCUCAGCCGCAGAACCACCUUCAUCCGUGUCACUCAGCAAGUGAAUCCAAUCUUCAGUGAAGAGAGCUAGACUUGGACUCUCCCUGCCCACCCAUGGCACCAGCACCCUACCACAGGGCCCCCUGAAUGGACCCUUCACUGGUCCCAGCAACUACUUAUUACUUUGUGAUUUCCUGGCCUCUCAUGAGGGGUUCCUGAAGUUAUUCUGUCCUCCAAGUGCCCAGGGCCACAAACACGAAGCAAGACAGGCUAAGACAACAAAGUUGGCCAAACAGGAACCUGGGGAGCCAGCAUCCGGAAGAUUCAAAGGAAAAAAAGGGUUUUCUCUGACCUUGGUCUGGAAGAGGUAGGCUUUUAGAAUCAUGUUUUAUUAAGUAGAUAGGCUCUUUGAGGACAUGUUCACACACCGAGUCCCUCAAUAAAGAGAAAUCCCAAU